CGCGCGCGGCCCAAGAUGGCGGCCGGUGGCGCGGCGCGGGGCCGGAGGCCCUCAGACACCCGCGGCCCCGCUCGCCCGGCCCGGCCACGGCCACGGCCACGGCAGCGGGCCCGGCGCUCCGCGAAGGCGGCCCCGGCAGCCGACCCUGCACAGCCCGCGGGGGAAGCAGCCGACACGGCGAGCCCGUGUUCAUCGCAUGAAGCUGUUGAAGGACAGCACGCAAAGAGGAUGAAAUGUGAAGAAAGCAGUCUAAAAUCAGAGCUAGAAGGACUCACAUAUGAAAGCGGAAACCUUGCUGCACUGGGGGAAACACCUAAAACAUUUGAUGGGGAUGUAGGUUCAGAAGAUCCAGGAGACAGCAGUAUUAUCCAACAGGAAAAAGAUGAAAGCAUUCCAGAGACUGAUGAAGGGAAGCAGGAAAAGGAGCAUGGUGUUUCUCUGGAGCCACACUCAGUAAAAUCCAGCGGUACUCCAUUAAAAAUGGGGGGGUUUCUGCACCACCAUCACGUGUUCAGCGAAGAGGAGAGCAGCUGUGGCAGCUUUGACGGGGCCACCUCGGAGGAUGCGGAUCGCCCGCGGAGGACGAUGCUCCUGGAGCACAGCAGCGGCCUCUCGGAUGAGGACAGCAACCAGCCCAUGCCAGUGCACCGGUUCUUUGGAGAUGUUGAGCUGGAUCUCCCAGCAGUUGUGCUCCCAAGCAUGACCAGGAGCAGGCGAGAAGCCAGGAAGCUCCAUUUCAUCGCAAAGGAAGAUGAUGAUGAUGAUGAGGAGGAGGAGGAGGAUGUUGUCUAAGAGCAAACUGUAAACAAAUUAAAUGCUUCUUCUUUUUCUUUGUGACCACAUGGCAAUGGCUGUGUCAGUAACAUGAGGUGUCUGUUUCCCUUUCCUCAGGGAGAGAACUGGGACAGUUUGUUUUGCUGGAAUUGGCAGAUACAGUAUUCCAGUGGUUAUCUGGGGCAAAGACCGAAUUUUCAGUGAUUUGGAAAUAAAAUAUAAUUUAGCACUUUACCACUGAUAUUUAGGAAAAAAACCCAGGGAAAAUAGAAGUUCUUAUAGCCUUUUUGUAAAUUUGAGCCUCGUAUCUUGAGGAAAUAUUUGUUUUCACUCCUUUUUUUUCAAAACAGUCUAGAAAAGGAUGCUGGAACGAGGUUCUUUUUCUUUUAAUUCUGUGAUGUCCAUGGCAUCCAGGUAACAAAGGAGCAAAUUGACUCCCUGGUACAAAGAAGGUCAAGGGUCUCCCUUGUGUGGGUUGUUUACACCUAACUGAGGACCAGUUAAACCUCUAAAAUGCAGUUCUGCUGGCAAAAUGAAAUGCAGCAUGUCAGAGUGGGUUCAGUGUGCUCAUCUCUGGGAGUUCAGCACGUUUUCAUUGCACAGCAGCUCCCCAAACACCCACACCCUGGUGCUGCCUCCUCCCUCCACAUGCUGCUCUAAGCGUUGUCCUUCAUCGAUUUUCAACUGAUUUCCAGCAGGGAUUUUGGAAACAAAUGCUUUGGUGGUGAUAAACAAGCAAUAUUGGAUUUGAUGGACAGAGGAAGAUUGCUAAGGCUGUGGGGCAGCCCCCUCUGCAUGUUUAAAAAACAAAGGAGCAACCUCAGCUGAUUCCAGGAACUCUUAAUUCACCCAGUGUUUGUGGGAAUAUUUCUUUGAAACUGUGAUUAUGCAAUAAGCUUCCAGAUAUUUAUUGUUAUAGCUCCUUCUAUGUUUCUAAAAAUAAAGAGAAAAUGCUAUCAGCA